AUGCCCUCAUCUCAAGAAGAUAUCGCGGCCUCGCUUGCAGCCUACCGAUCGUUUAUCGCAGCACAAAACCGCCGCGUUCUGGAUGUUUACGUACCCUUCAUCGCCACAGCCGAACCCGAUGAGCUGGAAGACGAAGAAGAUCUCAAUGAGCUCCGCCUGGAAGCUUUGGGCUCACUUCUCGAUACAACGCUCGCAGACUUUGGUGUUUCAGAACAAAAUGAGGUUCUAACACGCUACGACGAGCUCGCUCCAAAGAUCGGGGCUGACGGCACCUACGUAAUGCACGAGGACAGUCACGAGGAGCGUGAGGCUAAGCGACGGGAGUACCUUGACGAAAUCGAGAAGAAUCUCAAGCUGAAAUCAAGAGAGGACGUACGGGAGACGAUCUCUAUCCCAGAAGAUUUUGGCAUUCUGGCCGGGCUGGUCGACGGCGUCCUCGGUUACGGCAUACCAUUCUGGCGCAACACAACUCAGCCAGCUUUCUGGUGA